AUGUUCCGAGGCCCACAACAGACCUCCCCGGACGAGCUCUCCCUGCGCCUGAGCGAAGUCCUCCAACCGAUCCCCGUGGUCCCGUGGAGCGCACUCGCGAUGGGUUAUCUCGGCGUUCCCGUCGGAGUUGGGGCCCCCAUGAUCGUAGUCCAAGACGCCGACUACCCCGCCGCGCAAUCCCUCCUCGCGCAGGCCGGAUUCCAACGCAGCGUGCCCAACCGCAACCCGCACCCCGUCAUCACGGCACGCCACCCCAACCUCCAGCAGAUGCUGGCCGAGAUCAACGCCGGCUAUCAGCGCUUAGAUCGGUCGUGCGCCGUGUCCGAUUAUCCGGACGACGAUCCCGCAGAACAGGGCAUGCAGGGGUACCUGUUCCCGAACUCGUUUGCGCACGCGUUCGAUUGUCAAAUUGCUCCCGAAACCGAAACAAGGGCUCCGGAAGCAGCAGCAGCAGCAGCAGCAGCAGCAGCACCGCGCUACGAAAGCUACGGCAACCUGCACUACGCGCUCGAGCGAGCGCUGGUGGAGAGCUUGGUGCGGGCGGCGGUCGAGGAGGAAUCUGAGACCGAGGCUGGGUUCUCGCGGUGGGGCCGGUCCCGGCGGUCCUGCGUGGCGAUGAUGAAUGGGUACUUGGAGGUGGACAAUGAUACCCUGGAUGAUUGUGCGGAUGCACGGGUCGUGGACUGGUACAGUCGGCAUUUUGGCCGGGUCCGCGAGGCCAGGUUUGGGCCUAUUGAUCGUCGCAUUUCGAAGCGCCUGGGCUCGGAGAGGGAGAUGCCGGUUGAUAUGAGGGGCAAUUCGAUCUAG